AUGGACGGCUGUGUCAACGUGAGCGUGGCGGACGAGCCCGCGCUCAAGAGGUGCCAGGCGUUCAGCGCGCUGCAGGUACAUGUAUGUAACUUACACUGUAUACACACACACACACACAGACAACACGCUGCACGUCAUGGACGGCUGUGUCAACGUGAGCGUGGCGGACGAGCCCGCGCUCAAGAGGUGCCAGGCGUUCAGCGCGCUGCAGACAACACGCUGCACGUCAUGGACGGCUGUGUCAACGUGAGCGUGGCGGACGAGCCCGCGCUCAAGAGGUGCCAGGCGUUCAGCGCGCUGCAGGUACAUGUAUGUAACUUACACUGUAUACACACACACAGACAACACGCUGCACGUCAUGGACGGCUGUGUCAACGUGAGCGUGGCGGACGAGCCCGCGCUCAAGAGGUGCCAGGCGUUCAGCGCGCUGCAGACAACACGCUGCACGUCAUGGACGGCUGUGUCAACGUGAGCGUGGCGGACGAGCCCGCGCUCAAGAGGUGCCAGGCGUUCAGCGCGCUGCAGGUACAUGUAUGUAACUUACACUGUAUACACACACACAGACAACACGCUGCACGUCAUGGACGGCUGUGUCAACGUGAGCGUGGCGGACGAGCCCGCGCUCAAGAGGUGCCAGGCGUUCAGCGCGCUGCAGACAACACGCUGCACGUCAUGGACGGCUGUGUCAACGUGAGCGUGGCGGACGAGCCCGCGCUCAAGAGGUGCCAGGCGUUCAGCGCGCUGCAGGAAGCCCGCAGCACAGAAGACCUGUACAUAGACGACGAGAUGUCCACCAACGUGCAGGACUUCGGCAAGGUGAAGCUGAUCCCGCUACACGGCUCCAUACACGAGAUACUCUGCGACAAGGACGACUGCUGCCUCGUCAAGCUCAAGCAGGAGAACGGAUGCGACACCAUCUACUUCCGCUGCGACGAUACCGGGGACGAAGUGGACGGAACCGCGAUUAGUGGCGACCUCGUGUACAAGCGGAGCAUCUCCAUAGAGGAGAGGGUCCACAGGCGGCCCCGGCCGAGGUCCGAACUGCUGCUGCGAGCCGUCAGCAACAACAUGCGGCCCCGCAGCAACAGCAGCCCCUGCGUGUUCAAGGACACGGAACACAAAGAACACACGCUCAAUAUAGACAGCGUCGCUCCGUACGACGACUCCUCCUCCGACGAGUUCGAGAACAUGGAGCGGAGGAUAGAGGAGGAGCUGGCGAGGAACAGGCUGGGGAAGAUCUCCGAGGAGGACCUGGCCGCGAUCAGCGAACACACGGACCACACGAGCGACGGGAACUGA